UGUAUUGCUAUAGCUAAACACAUGACACUGAUCCUAGUAACGUGCGUUAAGCUAAAGCUCCUAGACUUAGCGCGCGUUAAACUAGUAAUUUAAUAAGUCUGAAUUAAUUAAUACCACACAUCAUUAACACUAGCCUUUUGUUGCAGUCUCUCGUUUCGUUUUGUGUUUGCUAUGGCUUCUGUUGGAGCCGUUUUGUCUGGUGGUUUUGAAGUAGAAUUCAUCGAUCCUCUAGACAAAGACUACGAGUGUCCAGUCUGUCUGCUAGUGCUGAGAAAUCCUCUUCAAACCUCCUGCGGUCAUCUCAUCUGCACAAGCUGUGUAGACUCCAUCACACAAGAAGGGCAAGUGAAGUGUCCUCUGGAUAAGCAAGUGUCACAAAGGAAGGAUCUUUUCCUUGAUACAUUUCAUGAACGUAAGAUUCUCAGUCUCAAGGUGAGAUGCCUCAAUCAUGCACAAGGCUGCAAUUGGAGAGGAGAAUUACGUCACUUGCGGCGACAUACAGCUCGAUCAGGUGAUUGCAAGUUCUCGGCUGUUGAAUGUCUAUUCAGUGUUGUGGGAUGUCAGAAAAAGUUGACGGUUGCUCAGUGUGAUAUCCAUGAAGAACAAGAUGUCAAACAGCACAUGAGACUGUUACUGAAGAGCCAUCAAGCCAUCCAACAACAAAACAACUGUCUGGAGUACCGGGUCACAGAAAUGAAUACAACAAUACAGACCCUAGAAACGGAGAAUUCGGAUUUGAAAAAGAGGAUUCAGUCUGAUGAUAUACCUGCAGCUGUACAAGGCCGAGGAAGACCAUUCAAGGCUUCUGUUGGAGCUGUUUUCCCCAGUGGUUUUGAAGCAGACUUUAUCGAGCCUCUAGCCAAAGACUACCAGUGUCCGGUCUGUCUGCUUGCGCUGAGAAAUCCUCUUCAAACCUCCUGCGGUCAUCUCAUCUGCACAACCUGUGCAGACUUCAUCACACAAAAAGGGCAACUGAGAUGUCCACGGGAUAAGCAAGUGUCAGAUAGGAAGGAUAUUUUCCCUGAUACUUUCAAUGAACGUAAGAUUCUCAGUCUCAAGGUGAAAUGCCCUCAUCGCAUGCAAGGUUGCUAUUGGACAGGAGAAUUACGUCACUUGCAACGACACACAGAUAGAUCAGGUGAUUGCAAGUUCUUGACUGUUCAAUGUGCAUUCAGUGUUGUGGGAUGUCAGAAAAAGUUGACGGCUGAUCAGUGUGAUAUCCAUGAAGAACAAGAUGCCUACCAGCACAUUAGACUGUUACUGAAGAGCCAUCAAACCAUCCUACAACAAAAUAUUCGUCUGGAGAGUCAAAUCAUAAAAAUGAAUACAACAAUACAUACCCUAGAAACUGAAAAUUCGGAUUUGAAAAGGAGGAUUCAGUCUGGUGAUAUACCUGCAGUUAUACAAGGCCUAGGAAGACACUUCAAGGCUUAUUGGGUGAUUGACAAUUGGAAACAGACUUUGGAGGCAGCACGGCGUGCAUAUGAGAACGAGAAUUUAUUGGGCAGACCGUACUACAUUGAAGAACCCGGUUAUAGAGUGUGUAUGCAAGUAUAUCCGAAUGGCUUUGGAGAUGGUCGGACAACUCAUGUCAGUCUGUUUCUCAAAAUUAUGAAAGGUCGCUAUGACAACAUUCUAGUGUGGCCAUUUUCUCUCAUGUUUUCUCUAGCAAUUGUUGACCAAACGCCUGGAGGUUGUGACAAGUUAGAUACUCUAGAUCCACCGAUCGCAUCUAAAGGAUCUGAGAAUGCGUUCAGGAGGCCGACGACGGAUGUGAAUCGUGGAUGGGGUUGGCCGACGUUUAUUUCACAUGCUGAACUUCGUGCUAGUCACAGGCACUACAUUCACAAUAAUUCUGUCAAAAUUAUGUUGUUAGUAUAUCUAGAUUUCAGCUAAAAACUGACUGCAUUAUGAGGUCGAGAUUACUUGCAGCAGUUUCAGUGUCAGUCAUUGUUGUUAAUUCGAUAUUUCAAACAUCUAUAGUCGACAUGAUGUGUACAUGCACACAUCCAUGGUUGCUUUAGUUGCCUGGAUGUGUACAUAUAACUAACA